CGGGGCGAGGCCGGCGUGCACGCGGGGGGUCCCCCGACGCCCCCGAGGGAGGGGUGCGUCCGUCCGUCCGUGCGUCCGUCCUGUGCGUCCCCCGUGAGGCGGGCGCCCGGGCACUGCAGCCGCUGUCGUCCCUGCGAGGGUGGGCAGGGCUGCCUGCCGGGGGCUUCCGUGGGCUCGGCCUCGCCCACCUCUGGAGGAAAAGCAGGGGAAGCCCCGGCGCCCGGCGGCCGCUGGCGGUGGAGCGCAGAGGACACGGCGCCGCAAGAGCCCGCGCCCGCCCGUCCAGCUUCGGGCCAGGGUCCCACCCUGCCCGGCGCGCGCCUCUGCCUCCAGCGCCCAGCCCCGGGGAAUGCGGCGGCCCCCGGCUCCUGGCGCCACUCGGUGUCUCGGCUGGGUCUCCUCGCUCGUCUCUUCCGCGGCCCCGACGCUCCCGGGCCCCCUGAUGGCGGCCAAGUGGUUCAAGGAGUUCCCGCUGACCCUGAAGACGGCGUCGGAGCGCGCCCGGCCCGGGGGCGCCGGCGGCAAGCCGCGCAAGAACUCGGAGACGGGCGGCUCGGCGGCCACCCCGGGCAAGGGCCGGAAGAACUCGGCGGCCGAGCUGGGGGGCAGCAGGGCCGGCGGCGGACCCCCCAAAGACAGCCGACUGUCACGGGACAGCCUGCAGGGUCUGAUCCAGGCCGCGGCCGGCAAGGGUCGGAAGAACUCCCGGGUCACCGCCACCGCCCCCGCUGCCGCCACUGAGGAGGAGCCCCACCGGGGUGCGGUGGCCAAGAGCGCGGGCUGCAGCACCUACAUCAGCAGGCUCAUCAAGGUGGACACGCAGGAGAAGAACGGCAAGGGUGGCUACCCGGGUGGCGGCAGCUCCAGCAGCUCCAGCAGCUCCUCUUCCUCUGCGUCCUCUUCACCUUCCUCCCUGGGCCCCGAGCUGGACAAGGCCAAGAUAACGAAACAAGACACGGUUAUCAUUUUAGAAGACUAUGCUGACCCGUAUGAUGCCAAACGGACGAAAGGUCAAAGAGACGCAGAGAGAGUGGGAGAAAAUGACGGCUACAUGGAACCCUACGACGCCCAGCAGAUGAUAACAGAAAUCAGACGUCGUGGUUCCAAAGACCCCCUGGUGAAGGCUCUCCAGCUGCUCGACGGCCCGUGUGAGCCAGGGGAGAGCAUGAAGGUGGAGGCCACAGCCAAGAGACGCAGCUCCAAGGACCUGUUGGGGAAGCCACCACAACUCUAUGACACCCCCUACGAGCCCUCGGAGGGUGGCCAACGGGUGGCAGAGGUGAAGGCCCGGCCAGCAGACGGCAGACUGCCAGAGGAGGAUGAUCGACCUGCCGCUGAGUAUGAGCAGCCCUGGGAAUGGAAGAGGGAGCAGAUCGCACGGGCCCUGUCAGUCCAGUUUGAGGGAUCCGAUCGACCUCCCAGCAAAGAGGAGACUGGCAGAGCGGCACACCACUGGCAGAAGACCUUGAAGCCAACCCUGUCAGACCACAGUGACAGGGAGAAGGUGGACCCGGGCCUGGCCCUGGAGAAGCAGCCUUGGUAUCAUGGCACCAUUACCCGAGCUGAGGCCGAGAGCCGACUCCAGCCCUGCAAAGAGGCUGGUUACCUGGUCCGAAACAGUGAGUCAGGCAACAGCAGGUACUCCAUCGCACUGAAGACUAGUCAAGGGUGUGUCCACAUCAUAGUCGCUCAGACAAAAGACAACAGAUACACACUGGAUCAGACGAGCGCCGUGUUUGACAGCAUCCCUGAAGUGGUACACUAUUAUUCCAGCGCAAAGUUGCCCUUCAAAGGGGCAGAGCACAUGACCCUACUCCACCCUGUGCACAAGCUUCACUAAACUUUAGCCAGCCAGAGCCCAGGCACCUUCGAGGGCGUUGGCACCCACCAGCAACACGUGGACAGGACUCUGCUGCUGCAGACCGGGAGUCGGGCGUCUAGAAGUCAAGCAGUCUUUGGUCCUAAAUCCAGGACACGUGGUCUGACCUGUUCUUUCUCUUCCUGCCAAGUAGCUACACUCUAAGAAAGUAUCGCUUGCCUGUUGCCUUCGCCCAUCGAAGCAGGAGGUCUGUCUGGGGUAGAUCUAAAGUUCAGGAGCACUGACUUGUCCCUCAGUGCUGUUCUCUGGAGUGCCUGGCCCCUGAGCAUCUGAAAACCCCUCGGCCUUUGCUGGUGGCCACGUGGACUGGAAGAUCCUGCAGUGAGCCCCUCGUGGGAAGGUGAAUGGACAGUGGGAAACGGAACAAUGGGCAGGAAAGCUGUCUUUCUCCAUGUUCUGAUGCAGCUGUGGCCUUCACACACAUUCACAACUUAAGGACUGUGCAGAGGAUUAUUUGGCUGGUUGGCCUUCCUAAGAAAAGUAUUUGCUUUCUCGGUCUCUCUGGAUAUCCGCUUCCAGCAAAUCAGUAAUACAAGCAAUAAUUAGAUGGAAGAUCCCAGAUUAAAGUGUUACCAAUAUAAUCGAGUAAUGACAUCCUUUGUGAAAUUCUGGUUAUUAUUAAGUGUACUCCAAAGAUUUGGUUUCCGGUUUAAAAAAAAAAACUGUACAGAGCUCAACAACCAUUUUGUUAUUGGAUGAUUACAUAAUUCAGACAUCUUUUGUUUUCUCUUUGUGGAUUUUAGUUGCACAGAAUCAUCUUUAAGUUUUCUUUCUAAAAUUAGAUUUGCUCUGUAUUUUUAGUAAAUUUUUUACAAGAAAAUUGGGAUCCAGUUGUAGGAACCAAGUCACUGGUGGGAAGAUUUCCCCAUAUGUGCAGAACAAACCAAUUUGUGCCUACAGAAACAUUUUGAAAGGACUGAAGUCAUCUCUGCUGCUCUCUAAGACACUCCAUCAUUGUAUUUUUAUCCUUGUGAUUUCUCUAUUGUGGAAAAUCCCAUCGGAGUGGCAUGCCAUGAGCCGGCGCUGUGGGGAAUGGGCCGGACCAGAACUGGAUGGACGUUUCUUGCUCAGGUUUGUAAAAUGGGUCUCAGGACUGUUCCCAAGGCAAUGCACUGACCACCCUCGGUGGAAAGUGAACCUUUGUAGCUUCUUUCAGAUGCACAAGAAGUAUUAACCUGGUCAGACUUCUUAGGAAAACACCCGUCACUUGGCUGUCGUGACUGAAACAUAGGAAGACUUUUGCUCCUGGUUCAGUGAAAAUGUUAGCCAAAAGGUUGUGUGAUUCUCUUUUUGUUUUAAAAAGUUGAAGGGAUUUUCUCAAUGGAGCACCGUGAUCUUCACAAAGGCUGUUCUCACAUUACUGGCGAUUGCUUGUAGUGCAGGGGUGUUCAUUUUAAAUGUUCAGUAGCUAGAGUUCCAAUUCCAUUCAGCAGAUGUUUAUUAUCAUUUAUUAUCUUGUAUGUGUGUAUUGUUCACUGUGUUAAACCUAUUUUUAGCUCAUCAUUCUAGCCACAGAGACUUAUUUUUUGCUUAGCUUUCCUUAGUCUUCAAAGGAAAUCGAGCUGUCGUCUUUAAUGAAUGGUAAGAGCAUUAUAAAGUGUUGCUGUGUGUGGAAGGAUUUGGGGUCCACCACCCAGCGACUCUGAUGAAUGCCGGCCUGGCGCGGCAGUGUCUCCUGGGCUCUGCCGCACGCCCAGGUGUUCACCCUCCCUUACGUGUUUGGAAGCUGGGGGGAGACAGGUUUAUAUAUAGUCCAGUCUUCACAGUAGGGGAGAGGGGGGCUGUCCAAAGCAAAAAUAUCGUCGGUUAGGGGGAAGGCCAGUGAGGGAGUGGGUUAAAGCUGCUAUUUUCUUCUUCGGCUGUGACACAAGCUGACGGAAGCCAGGGAGCUCACAGCUGGGCGGGUGGCAGAGAGAACCCUAGGUUCUAAAAACAAUUAGACCCAGCGGGUGUCCUAACCGCUCACACGGGAGCCUGGCCCAGUUGCUCUGGAGCCCUGAGGCUUGUCCUCUGAGCUCCACACACUUGGGCCUCCUUCCUUUCCCCCUGAUAAAGUAUCUCCCUGUCAUCUUCAUUCCUGUGAGCUGAUCGAGUCUCCCAGAAAUUUUUUUCUAGAAAGAUUGUCUUUUGGUAAACCCUCAGGAUGCCUUGAAGUAAACAUCUGUAGAGCUGUCCGCUGUUUCUCCUUUAAAAGAACGUACUUGUAAAAAGCUGCUCUGUUCCUUAGAGAGGGGCCCCUGAGAACAGAGGGCCCCAUGUAAUCCAGCUAGCUACCCAGGAGCUGGAGGCAAGAGUUCAAAACCAGCCUGGGCCACAGAGUGAGAGGGUCUCCAGAAAGAAAACAGAAAGGCAAAUGGCAUUUCUAUUUCCAGUGGUUUCUGUCGGGCUAUAUUUUAACCACUGGGUCUGCGUAUUUACGUAGGAAUUGGUGCAGGCCAGGAGGACGCUGAAGAGGCAGAGGUGGGUGGCUACACUUCAGGGCUGGAGAAAUGGCUCAGAGCCUGAAAGCGUCUGCUGCCUUUUGCCGAGGCCCCUUGUUCAGUUCCCAGCACACUCGUGCUGCCCGGUUCCAGGGGAUCUGAUGCCCUCUUCUGGCCUCUGAGGGCACCAAGCACGCACAUGGUGCACAGACAUAUAUACAAGUAAAACACUUAUGCACAUAAACUCUUUUUUUUUUUUUUUUUUUUUUUUGGGGUUUUCGAGACAGGGUUUCUCUGUGUAGCUUUGCGCCUUUCCUGGAUCUCGCUCUGUAGACCAGGUUGGCCUCGAACUCACAGAGAUCCGCCUGCCUCUGCCUCCCGAGUGCUGGGAUUAAAGGCGUGCACCACCACCGCCCGGCUAAACUCUUUUUAAAAACUUGAAAAAUAGGAAUAAAACAAUGGGAGAACUUUAGUGUGUAUUCACAAAGGCCAGUGAUGAUAAAUGCACAAGUGUCCUUUCAGGUUAUUCAGAGUGCUUUAAUAGGCACCUGUAAGAACAGCCUUUACUCUGGGCCGUUUAAAGUCUGUUCUGCUGUAUUGGACUUUGGUGGCUGGCCUCUGCACACGGAGGGGAGCUGGGGCCCAGAGCCUGUUAGAGAAAGCGGCCUGUUCUCAAGACAGACCCUACUGUAAUAGCCCUUGCUUGUUAUUUGGAUUAUUCACCAGUGUUAACCACUCAGCAACUAGCCUUUGCUGUUGGAUAGAUCUGAACAUUUAAUUCAGAGGAAGAACUGUGAGACCUUCUUUAGUUGCUUGUUAAAUGAGUCUGUCCCUUCUGCUAACAUGCUCUUUUCAGUCACAAGCUAAGGCCUUAUUUUUCCUUACCACUGUCAAGAAGAAACCAGCGCGUUCUAGAUUUUCAUGUCUCCUGGACGUGCUUUUGAUACUUAGGACUUCACUGAUCCCUUCCCUGGAGCCCACAUCCGCUGUUCAUCUUUCUAUCUUCUACAGCCAGCACCGAUUUAACCUUACACCCCUUAGAACGCCCUCUUCUUUAUUCUCCUGGCCGCUUCUUACAUCCCACUAACCUGGCCUUGGAGAAACCUGACCCGAGGUGUGUGAGCCUUCCCCGCAAUUUAACCUCACUUCUUGGCGGAACCUUUGUGAUGAAAGGUGGUGUGCUACUGCCAUCUACUGGAGGAAGAGAAAACUGCAGGUGAGGAAUCAGCUGUGGCAUUUCAGGGUGGUUUGGCUAAAGGAUUUCUGAUAUAGUUCAUAAAUCAAAAUAAAUGCCCACACGGCGAUUGCCGUCUUGAAAUAUGCCCUUUCCUACGGAAAGGGUGGUUUGACUCCUAGUAUAACAAUCGCCCAUGAGGACCCUGGACCCGGGCUGCGUCAUGUAGUUCACAAUCUUAUUUCUGUUUUUGAAGACUACGCUGUCAACGGAUCAUUGAGACGGGCUUCGUUAUGUCAAGUUCUUAGCUGUUCCAUAUGUUGUCAGGAGGGUUUGACAUUUUAAAUAUCAAUUAAUACAUUGUUUUAACUUUCUAAAAUAUUUAAGAGACUGUAAAGCAGGUGACUUGGCAAUCCGUAUUGUAUUGGAAUCUUAUAAAUUGCUGGCUCUCUUGCAUGGGCCAGUGUAGCUGCGUGCCUUCCAGAAGAUGGCUUAACUCUGAAUGUUACUUUCAAUAAAUGCUUUGCCAGGAAAAACCGUCA